GCCAUCUCUACGAUUCUCUGCGUCAGAGAGGAAUUCGCACCUUCUUUGAUGAUAAAGCCUUCCAUGCAGGCGAAGAAAUCCGAGAAUCUCUGUUCAAAGCCAUCAAAGAAUCAAGGAUCCAUCUGACGUGCGGCAUCAGAGAGGGAGUUAUGGAGAAGCUUUGGCUCAUCUGCAGAAAAGAUUUGAAGACGAUGAUGACAAGUUGAAGAAAUGGAGGUGCGCUUUGACUCAAGCAGCUAACUUGACUGGCUGGCAUCUCCAACAUGGAUAAUUGCAAGGAACUUCGUAAUAUUGUGCGGAUGCUGCCAAACUUGGAACAAUUCAGUGCCAUAAGUUGCACAUCAUUGUCAAAGUUAUCUAAGAGCAAAGUGUUGAAUAAGGCGUUCUACUUUGAACCUGGGAAAAGAAACUUCAUUUUGCCAGGAAAGAAAAUCCCUGAGUGGCUUGACUAUUAUAGUCGAGGAAGCUCCAUGUCCUUUUGAAUUUGUGAUAAGUUCCCGACAAUUUUUCUUUGGUUUCUUGUUGAAAAUGAUGAAGAUUCUCCUUACAAUUCUAUGUUCGCAGUACACAUCAAUGACAUCAAGUUAGAUAUUAAUUCUUUUGGUGGCUUCUACUAUCAACAAUGAAGACUAACCAUAUAUACAUAUGUGAUUUGCAAAGCAUCCUUCAAAAUGUUGAAAUCCCUCAUGUAAAUAAAUGGAAUCAAGUUCAGGUUUCGAUCAAGGGCAAUGGACGAGAAAUGAAUAGGGAAAAAGAAAUUGAUAUUGCAGUUCGUGUAUAUUGGCAACAAAAUAUCUUAUACGGUAUCCGAUUUAGGGAUCCUAGAAUGUUCCCUGAUGAUGGAAACUUAUGGCAACAACGGCAACCGCCAACUAAUGAUUGGGAAAGCCUUGAAGAUGACAUGCAUUGCGAAGGAAAGAAGGGUAUCCCAUCGGAGUAUCCUACCGACGAAGGCCCGCCUCCCCCAUCCAGAAGAGAGCUCCAACUCCAAGGCCCUCGUCCCGCCCCUCUUAGUGUCAGCGAAGAAUCUCACAAGAUCCGAAAUCUGCCACAGCUGGUGAUCAUUCACGUUCCCGUCAACGACUUCAUGAAGGUCGUGCAACGUCUCACCGGCCAGUCAUCCCCUAGCCAACUCUAAAAUUCAUUAGCUGACGCUGAUCCUACCGCUGACCUUUGAAGGGCAUAUAGCUAUACUGGGUGGAAAUUUUGUGCAAUAUUGUUCCCUUUUGAUGUGAAUAUUUAUGACUCGUGUUUGAAU